AUGCCCGUGUUAGAAGUCGUUUCAGCGUCCCCACGCAGCACUUCGUCGCCUCCCUCCCAGGCGCAUUUCUUCGACCGCACCCUGGGUGACGCUGCCGCUGCCGCCGUCAAUUCUGCUUCCGCCCCACCGCUGCACAAAAUUCCUGCCAGUUUGUGUGUAUCCAUGCGCGUGGACAGCGAAAGUAGGCGUGCGGGCAUAUGUCAGUCGCUCCCGAGUUGCCGUCAAUAUUGUCGUUGGCACUGUGUGCGAUGUUACUUUCACGUGAGCACAAACAAGCGCACGCAGACGCUGCUCGCUGUUUGUCGACCGACUCCUGUCAGGUUUUGCAGGCAAACAAACGCCCGACUGUGGAAGCUCACCAUCUCGACUGGGGACCUCGUUUACACCGUAUUUCUUUCCCGAUGGUAGUGCUGAAGCUAGGGCUUUUGUAAUAAAUGUCUCAUCAGAGGCAAACAAUACGCCGAGUGUUGAAGAAGGAGACACGAUCGCUGAGACAAGAGCUUUAUUAGCCUGACGUUUCGGAUUCCUGCUCGAGCGCAUCAUCAGAGACAAAGCAAAUAGGGGUGCUUCCUGGGACUCGUCUCUUCGCUUCUAUUGGCAAUGCAUUUGGGCGCGAUACGCUGGGUGUCCUGCAUGCGAAUUGACAUCCGCUAAGGACAAGAUUGAGUCUGAAAGGAUUGUAAUUCAGGGAUUUUACCUCCUUCGUCGAACUAUUCAGCGAGAGAUGAUACCGGAAGAGCCGUCGCGGGAUUUGGUAAUUUCUACAAUGUAUGCCGUCAUUCGAACUGAGACACCUCAUCUUUCCAGUUCCAUCAUGCUCUGCAGGAAGAGCUGGGUGAAGGCAAGUAGAAAUUGGUUUGGGCCCAAUGACUGACCCAUAAACAGCCCCCAUCUACCAGUGCGCCAGCACAGUUUCGCUCAGAUGGAGGCUUAUAGCCCUACAGUCACCGCUUAUGAACACUUAGUCCUCCUGCUACGCACCCAGACCUGCUGUUUGUUUGGGAGGGUGGGAGAAUAAACGAAAACCAUUAACAGCACGUAACAGCCACCUGCCUAAGUUAUUGAAUACCUAUGCUCGACCAGGCGUCGGCACGGGAGUCUCUGCUUGCCGGAACAAAGGAAUGCUCGUCGGCGUCGGUGACGCUGCUUCCGCCCCACCGCUGCACAAAUUCUUCUCGCGCGUGGACAAGGAAACUAUACGUGCGGACGCAUGUCAGUGUCUCUCGAGUUGCCGCUACUGCCGUCGUUGGCACUGGGUGCGAUGUUACCUUCACGUGAACACAUACAAGCGAUUGUUUCAGCCCCGGCUAGUCGUCUGUCCAAGUCAGAGAGUUGUCAUCUGCGCCAGCGCGGCGAAUCAGUUGGACGGCCAGUUAGAAGUCCGUGGCGGUGACAGCAUCUCGGAGCGCAACUUCUCGCCAGCACGUAUUCUGCGGCCUGGCAGAGCUCCCACAAGAGAGUGGCCAGAACCCUUCUCGACGUUAGUGUAGCACUAAGUGUAACCAUGGCUGGGUAUCCCCCAGGGUACGCUGCUGCUGCUGCUGCUGCUGCUGCUGCGUGUCUCGCCAGCAUGUGUGUGCAUGCACUGGCGCGGGCGUAGGCGAACAAAACUCGGUGCGCGGGUAAAUGUCAGUCCAAGUGUGCCCGGCGUUGUUAUCUCGCCACGCUCAGCACUGUCUGUGACGUGCAGUGGGUAGUAACAUCACGUGAGCACGCAUUGCUGCUGCUUGCUCCUGCCUGAAAUGCAAUGAUGUCCGCCAACCAUAUUCUGUGGGGUUUUGUUGAAAACCUAGCGGUCUCAUCAGGAGUUAACAUUUUGCUGACUUUAUGGCAUACGAAGUAACUUCCGCUAAGAGUAAGAAGGAACUGUAGUUUAAUGAUUUUGUAACUUAUUACUGUCAUGCGGCGACCGAGGGCGGUAUGGGGUACAGAUAUUUGUACCCCCUCCGCAACUACCUUCCUACAAAGUGCCUUCUUACGCAUUAAAAUAGGCAUACAGCGUUAGUAAGAUUUUUUUUCCUUUAUGUAUACAUGUGCAUAUGGAAGGAUAAGGCAAAAAUAUUCCUGGGGAGGAUGGUUUACUUGACUACCGUUUUACACUCAUACUUGGGCGCAUCAACUGAGAUGGACAAAAGUGGAAAUUUAUGAUUCAAAUCAGUCAUCCUUAUUCACUACUAAUUGUUCCACUGGUCUCUCUUCUCAUUUGCCCUUCUUUUCAGCCCGUGGUGUCCGACGGCCUCGUAUGGCGCUGGUAAGUCGAUCCUACGGUUAAUCAAGUUGGCGUCGGAUUUUUAGGCCUCGAUUAUCUCUCCCCUCAUUUCGCUUCGGCUCCGCCAAGUACUUCCGCACUGUCGAAGCCAAAUCGAUGAUUAUUUCCGAGGCUGUGUAUAACAGCAUACGAUCGUACAUCUUUUCGCUUUACGGCUGGAGAAUGCUCAUGCGUGCGCGAUCUUGGUCGGCUGUAGGUCAUGCCACAGUAAAUGGCCGGACAGUCCAGAUUAAUGACGCGCGAGUGACCAACGGCAGCAAUUUGCGGAAUGUUUCCGCCAGCUAUCAUACGAUUGGUCGAACACUUUCACGCGAGCCGCAAUGGCUCCUACGACUCUUCUUGACUUCUAAUUUUGCAAAAUUAUGUUCGGGUGAUACUUCCAGUCACCAAGCGACCAUUAAGAAAUUCGGCCAAAUAAUAAAUACCAAAGAUAAGUGCAUUGUUAGGCAACCGGCUGCUAUAACAUGGCAAGAAGUGACCACAUGUUUUUGAUGUGGUUCACAGAAAGAUUAACAGAAUUACGGCAGCGUUCUUUAAAGUAGACUACAUCCAUGAAUUCCUGCCGACCGAAAAGGUCGAAACGCCAAGAAACUUCGAGGAGAAUAGCUUUCUGGACUUUCACAGGCCAAGUGUUCGUUCUCGAGAGAGCUGGUGUGGUUACUACCCCCUAACGCGUAUGCUGUAGUACCAAAACAAUCACUGAAGCUGCGUGCACGUUUUAGGCGUCUGAUGUGAAAGUGCCUUAGAGUUGUUGUGGACAGCCAAUCCCAACUUGUACCUAUGUCGUGUGAAUGGCACAACCAUCUCUAAUAUAAAAUUAUACUACUUGUACUUCUACAUGCUUGUGGAGUGGAUAUUACGUGGUUAUUCCAAAGUAGCCGAUCCCAUUCCACCCAAAUGCUCACUGACAUUGCACGUCUGACUCAAACAGUAUUGUCCCCGACACUAAACGCCAUUCCCUGAAUUUAAUAAUUCCUUAACUUGUUAUCUUAGUUCGACUGUCGUCUGCGACGAUGACCACCGUGUGAUGAACAGCAAGUUGAGGGCAGGCAUGAUGACCUGUGCGUGAAUUAGUUUACAGUAGUAGCAGGCUUGCACAGCAUCUACUGCACUCUCUCCUGCUCCCCCGUCUGAGCUCGAUAUCAAGACAUGGUCAAGAAGACAGAAUGCGAGAGAGGACACAGGUGAACAUGACUUUAAAAGGCCAUGUCCCACACUUAAUAAUUCCUAAAAUGACUAGCUUGUUUAUUCUCUGAAGAACAUAUACCAGGAAUCGCGAAGAGAACGCUGGUGACCCACUAAGGAACUGAACCCCUCGCAGCUGUGUCACGCAGCGGCAGAAUUUCGAGGAAACACGUGUCAGAGCUUUUAGCCAGCACCUAUGUCGGGAGUACGGUAUAAUAUUUUUGCCAUAUAUAUAUUUAUAUAUCAAUCAGGAAUGGGCGCACACCGAUCUAUUGGCUUCACAAAGCAAACAAGCUCCGUAUGUGUGGCAAAGGUCACGAACAGGCAACCAAUUACCAGGCCGAAGUCGGUUGCCUGUUCGUGACCUUUGCCACACAUACGGAGCUUGUUUGCUUUGUGAAGCCAAUAGAUCGGUGUGCGCCCAUUCCUGAUUGAUAAAUACCCGAUCUGAAGCGACAGAGAAUGACAGGUGGCGAGGCACUGAUGAACUUCGGUUCGAUGAAGUGCUUAUGACCCAUCUGGUAGGCCUCAGUGGUGGACCGACUGCGCCAGGUGCGUCUGUGCGCAUGUUUGUGUUUCUGGUCUCAGCUGCUGGUGGUCAGGGUUAUGAUUGGCUGAAUGAAGGCAGAAUAAGCCCGAAACAGUGCUGUAUCAAUCUACCCGCAUUCUCUGUCGUCCCUCCUCGCUGAUAUUUAUAUAUAUUUUGAUAAGAUGAUACCGACAAAGACAAGGGAGACCGGAAUGGCCAUUUCUGGCUUAUUAGCCGUCAUCAGCCAGUCAUACGCAACCCCAAGUGUGGAUCACUUGAGAUUCGAACCCGGGAUCUUUGGUCAUGGAGUUUGACGCUCUACCAUUGACCUCACCCGCGGGGCCACGAGCCCGUUGCCCUGUAGGACUUCUAACUAACAGGUCGCGAGUUCGAGCCUCGGGUGUUCCAUACUUCGGGGUUGGGCAUGACUGCCUGACGAUGGCUAAUGAGCCAGAAAUGGCCAUUCCAGUCUCUCUUGUCUUUGUCGGUAAUAGCAUUCUGCCUAUAUCAUGUGCCGCUGUGCGGCUGCUGGUUGGGCUCGAGAGAGGGAGAGAGAGAGAGAGCUUGUAAGGCACAACGGAACAAGUGAGUUCCGUAAGAACGAUCGGUCAGCGCCUCCUACCAUAUUCUCGGAGUUUGAGGACGUUUGAAAGAAGGGAUUUCCCUCUGCCCCAUAAAUGUUUAUUCUCAUCUCUCCAAGUGAAAUAUUCUGUGAAAGAAACGAGAUGACGCCCAAGUGUUGCUUGCAUGAGCCCACAUUGACUUGAGAAUUUAGGACAAAGGGUUUGGACUGAAGGCCGAAGGAAACCGCAUGACUGGUUGCGAGCAAAACAAACAAGUCUGACUAACACCAAUAAUAGUUCGCUUCUUAAGAGAGACGACAACCACGUAGAUCGUGAGCUGCUCAUUUCAAUCCCUUCUGACCUUAUCGGAACCACACGACAACCUGUAAGAGCUCUAGACUAGAGAUUCAGAGCAAAACGGGGUAGUCUGUACUCUGGCGUCGUAUGUGAUAUGCGACAAUCCGUGAGAGGUAGAGAGGCACGAAGAUUUCAAUAACUUCCUCAAGUUUUUCUGGCAUCUUCUCAGUAGUAUAGAGACUGAAAUCCAGAUACGGCUUCAAAAGAUUACAAGCUUUGUGCCAAGAACAAUUGAUACGGUAAUCACGUGGUGCGGUAGUCCCGUAAAGGACUGGCCCUAUGCACGGAAAGGCGAGCUCAGUUUUCUAACACGCAAUUCAUGCUGGAGUGCAUUAUCAGAAAGGUAACAUUUGGCCGAGCUGGAUGAGUCUGGCUGUUAGCUGACCUAACGUCUGUUUGGAGGCCUACAUGGGCGUCCACGUAGCAGGAUUGUGUCCAUAUGCCUGUCCGUGGCGGUCACUCGAUGUACUUCUACGUUGAAGUCGACACGACAAGCUCUCCUGAUGAACUUAUGCAUAAGAUCACAAAUUCACAAGAAGUGCAUCUGCCCUCCCCGUGAUCGAGUUAGAUGCACUUACCGAGUUAAUUCGUCUAGGGAAGUUGAGGAGGCACAGAUUUAUAGUCAGUAUAUAUAUGUAUACUAUCGUAGGAGGAGCGCGAGCAGAGAGGGUCACGGGGUCUGCUCGUUCCCCUGUGCCGUUCCGCAGGCAGUCGGAUAACGAGCAGGUAUAAAUAUAGUGGCGAUUUCCGACAAAGACAAGGCAGACUGGAAAGGCAGUUUCUGGCUGGUCGGCCGUCAUCAGCCACUCAUACCAAACCUGGGAUUCGAAUCCGGGCUCUUUAAUCAUUGGGCCCGACGCUUUACCAUUGACCCAUGGGCCCGCUGUCCUGUCGGUUGCGGUCGGGUAUAUUAAUUAUCGUAGGAAGGGGGCUCACCAAUCGGCUAACGGGCCCUGCUCGUCGCGAUGUGCCGUCCAAACCCCAGAUAUUCAUCUGUGUCGAUAAGCCAACUACUUGAGUCUCACAAAAAGCACGUGUGUACGCAUUUAAAACAGAGAGGUUACUUUGGGCAGUUGAAUGGAAGCUCUUAGAGGGUAGAAAGUCAAGGUCUCACCAACAAUCGAUCCUCAUAACUUCCAUCGGCGCUCUCCCCCUCCCUACUGUAGAUACUCAUCUCACCCUGCUUGAGAACCACGUUCCAAGCCCCGCUACGGCUGCAGCCAGCACCAUCGUCUUUGGGGUCGGGGAAAUCGCGUAAGACAUCCAUCCUCUCCGCACAGACCCUGCUCACCUCACUGUAGAGGGGAUGCGUGCUGGGCAGGCCAUCCUCGGAGCCCAGGCGAGGGGGUUCUGUCGGGCAAGCUUCUUUCGCUGUUCAGGAAAUAAAAAAGACGGGAAAAGCAGUGGUUCGGAAGAGGUACACAUGAGAACAAAGGCAGCGCAAACAAGGGACGAAAGCUGCCUGAAAUGUUACAAAAUUUCAGCUGGGCUCACCGGUCAUAUGCAGAGAACUGAAGGAGCUGAUCGCGUGCCAACAAAGUACCAGUCAGGCAGACAAAGUGACGUCCUGCAUCUGAAUGCAUCCAAUCCUGACCCUACUGUCGCGCAUGGAACCAAACCGUCCUCCGCUGAAAGAUCAAAAAACUAUUGAUGCGACCGAGGACCGAUUGGGGCGCGCACUCAUCUGACAUCGGUUUGUUUCUGCCUCAGUUCACGUUACCACCCUUCCCGCAUAGGGCCUGCCGCCCUCCCUUCAUUGGACCACCUGGUCCUGCUUGGCUAUUGGUUGAUUUGUUGGCGCAGCUGACAGAUGGCGGCUAAUGUGAAUCACCACGAUCUCAAUGCCUUCCACUGAUUGGUGCAUUCGGGGAGGGGGGCGGAGCGGAGAGAGGCAGGUCAUGGAUUGGAUCCUUGGUUAAGGUACUCAAGCAUGCGUGCGAGUGCAGUGACGCAUUUGUCGAAAUCACAUGUAUGCUGCAAGCACGGAUCACAGACGGGAAGAGUUUGGACUCCACCACAAGUAUUACUAAUAACCCAUUCCAGAACAUUCGACAGUGUGGCCAUGCAGCUUGUUAGAAUUAUGAUUACAAGCGAAGAAUAUCUGUCUAUGAAGAAGAUUUUCGGACGCAAGCGAACAACGAAAAAACAACAACAGUUGGUUCUUAACCGCGGACUUCCAACUAAAAGGUUGCGAGUUCGAGCCUCGGGUGUUCCACACUUCGGGAUUGGGUAUGACUGGCUGACGACUAAUAGGCCAGAAAUGGCCAUUCCAGUCUCCCUUUUCUUUGUCGGUAAUAACAUACUGCCUAGAAUGACUUAUGUUUGCUUCCAUUUACUUCCAGAUGGUACUCGAAAAUGCAGGAAACAAGCACUGGGGGGGCAGAUAAGGAUGGCGCAGUUAUUCAGGGAUUUGCUAUACCCUGAAAGGUUGGCGAUCAACCACAACUGACGGCGUGUCGCAAAUGUUGUAGUGAGGAAUGUGUGGUGUUGGUAUCAGGACGAGUUCCUUCUCAAUGUCCGUCCCAUGCAACAAAUUACUCUUAAAGCCGACUGACGAUGAGGUCGAACGCAGUGAUCAACGAGACACAGAAGCCCCGUCUACAGCAGGUCACGCGCACGUGUGGCGCGGAACCCAUGCAGCCCUAUGAACGUGUAAGAAAGAUCGGAGGAAUUCAUCGCAUUACCGAAACUGGCUUGAGAUUCGUCAACCUAUCCUACCUACACCGUCAACGCGCACCUUGACCUCAUGCGUCGGGUCGGGUCGGUUGUUUACGGAUCCAUCGCACACAGAGACGGAUGAAUCAUCGCAUGCAGCACCAGCACAUGUCAGACGUCCGCAAUGCACUCGCACAUUCAGCCAUCACAUUGGCCCUCACACACGCCUUCAAUAAAACCUGUGGUAAGUCGACACAGACGCGAGCACACCAUCACGCAUCUCCACGUCCCCCGUCAACAAAUGCUCAAGGAACACAUCGCCCACAUCACAGGCAAGUGGGUAAUUUCCCCUUCGGCUCCUUUCUCCAUGUGGUCCCUCUACUGCGCGUGAGAUACGAGCGCUCUACCUCCUUAUGUGUGUCGUGUCGGCGCGUGCGCAUAGGGUCGUGUGUGUGUGUGUGUGUUCUGACACACACACAAACACAGACACACACACACACACAAAAAUUAACAGACACAAAUUCUACAGCGAUGGGCCGAGCAUUUCUGAGGCGUCCUCAACCGCCCCUCCGUCAACUCCGACGCCGCAAUCGCCCGUCUGCCGCAAGUGGAGACCAACGUGGAUCUUGACCGCCCGCCAUCUCUCCAGGAAACCAUCAGGGCCGUGCAGCAGCUCUCCAGCGGGAAAGCACUCGGAUCGGACACAAUCCCUGCUGAGGUCUACCAGCACGGAGGUCCCCAACUGAUGGAUCACCUGACUGCGCUAUUCCAAAAGAUGUGGCGUCAAGGUGAUGUCCCGCAAGAUUUCAAAGGCGCAACCGUCGUGCAUCUCCACAAGUGAAAAGGGAACCGCCAAGUCUGCGACAAUCACCGUGGCAUCUCCUUGCUGAACAUCACCGGGAAGAUCUUCGCUCGCAUCCUGCUCAACCGCCUCAAUAACCAUCUGGAACAGGGCCUCCUGCCGGAAAGCCAAUGCGGCUUCCGUCGUCAUCGUGGGACCACGGAUAUGAUCUUCGCUGCCCGUCAACUUCAGGAAAAGUGCAAGGAGAUGCGGACCCACCUGUACUCUACCUUCGUGGACCUGACGAAAGCCUUCGACACGGUGAAUCGUGAAGGACUGUGGAAGAUCAUGCAGAAAUUCGGCUGUCCGGAGCGAUUCACUCAGAUGGUGCGUCAGCUGCACGACGGUAUGAUGGCGCGAGUCACGGACAACGGAGCUGUCUCAGAGGCAUUCGCAGUGACCAACGGAGUGAAGCAGGGAUGCGUGCUGGCGCCUACCCUCUUCAGUCUUAUGUUCUCUGCCAUGCUGAUGGACGCCUACCGCGACGAACGCCCCGGGAUCCGAAUUGCCUACAGGACGGACGGUCACCUCCUGAAUCAACGACGGAUGCACUUCCAAUCGCGCGUAUCCACAACCACCGUUCACGAACUCCUCUUCGCCGACGACUGCGCCCUGAACACCACCUCGGAAGAGGAGAUGCAACGGAGCAUGGAACUGUUCUCCGCCGCCUGCGAGAACUUCGGUCUGGUCAUUAACACGCAGAAGACGGUGGUGAUGCACCAACCACCACCCAACUCAGCCACAGCCCCCAACGCGCCGCCGCAAAUCAGCGUGAAUGGGACCCAACUGCAAGUGGUGAAGUACUUCCCGUAA